CUGAUUAAAAUCUCUCUUUGUUGUUGUUGGAAGUUGUUAUUCUGGCUUUUAUUUGUUGUUUAUUCUAUUAUUUUCUUUGUCGGCUUACUUUUAUGAAGGUUUUUCUGUAAAGCGGUGAGGAAAUUGGCAAGGAAAAAUAGCAAAGUAGAUAAAAUAAUUAAAUUAGUGCAAAUCUUUAACAAAGAACUCCGUACGAAAGUAUUACUUAUUGUUGCGAAAUUCAUCGCUUCAAUUUGAAAGUAAUAUUUUGUCAAUUGAACAGGCGCAGGGGAAAAUGUAUUUACCAUUGCUAUACGUUUGUACGGGUGCUUUGAAUGUCUUGCUGCUCAAGUGGAGUGACACUUUGGAAGGUGAAUGUAGUGAUGGAAAAUUGCGUCGUUUUCAACAUCCGCUGGUGCAAACAGCAUUGAUGUUCUUAGGAGAAUUUCUUUGCUUCGUCAUCUACAAAAUUGCAUAUUUUUUUCUUCAACGACGCGGGACGGGUGCUGAAGGUGAAAAUAUACUAACACGGGGCGAAAGGGAAUUUUCCCCGAUUCACCUGUUGCUGCCGGCGGUAUUGGAUGCCAUUGCUUCGGCUAUGAUGCUUACCGGCCUCUACUUAACUUAUGUAUCCAGCUUUCAGAUGCUGAGGGUUGCUGCCCUCAUAUUCGUUGGUAUAUUCGGUGCCAUUCACCUCAAUCAAACGCUUACUGCACGCCAUUGGAUGGCUAUGUUCACCAUCACUGAAUGUGUGCCUCUAGUAGAACCAGAGUUAUGA